CCUCUCGACUGGAGACUGCUGUUCCCCUCGACCCGAUUCGGUUCCGACCCCAUGGCGGCUCCCAAACCCUAACCCGCAGAUCCCUCCCCCUUUCCCUGCCUCAUCUCCGAACGCCCCCUCGCCUCGCCACCGGUCGUCGUCUCCCGCCGCCGUGCCCGUCGGCGCGGCGUCAAGGGUCCGCUCCGCUGCACCCCGCGGGCGCGGGGAGAAAGGGGGCGGGCCUCGGCGACCUCCCCCCGCUGCGCGAGGUGCAAAUCCAACCGAACUGAUUGCAGAAUAUAUGAAGUAGUGGGUGUUGCAUGACCUUCUCUAUGGAUAUGGAUUUGAACGCAUCGCCUGUGCCUGACGAUGAUGAGCAGCAGCCUUAUGAUGAGCCAGUGGAGGUUGAUUAUGCUCAGGAGGGGCAUGUUGAAUCUGCUGUCGCAACAUUGCGCCGGGAGCGUGAAGAGAGACGCAAGAAACUAAAGAGAGAGCAGCAGGAUGAUGGGUCAAGGCUACAUUCCCAGCAGAUUAGGAAUGAUUAUGCCCCUCAACCCAAAAGGCAUAGUCGCUUUAAAGAGGCACCUCAGGGCUGGUUGGACUGUCCUGCAUUUGGGGAGCCAAUAGAUAAAAUCAUACCAUCUAAAGUUCCUCUUGAUGAAACAUUCAAUGAGUCAGUGCCUCCUGGGAAGCGAUACUCCUCAAAGCAACUAGUUAACAAACAAAGAAAAGCUGGCCGCGAAAUAGGUCUGGUGAUUGAUUUGACAAAUACCACCCGGUAUUAUUCACCAGCAGAAUGGACGAGGCAAGGUACUAAGUAUGCGAAGAUUGCAUGCAAGGGGAGAGAUGCUGUACCUGACAAUGAAUCUGUUAAUAAGUUUGUCUAUGAGGUCAUGGGAGGGGGCUCAACCUUGGUCCGCCGCGCGCCGCGAGCGACCGAGCGCCGCGAGCGACCGAGCUCCAAAGAAACGAACCCUAGCGGCGUUUCCCAGGGCCAGGCGGAGACGGCGGUUUUGGCUGCCGGAAGCCAGGCUUCAGAAUGGGCCAGGGAGACAAACACGGCAAUGAUGUUCCUUGAUCGACAAAAACAAUCAAAGAAUCCUAAAUAUAUUCUGGUUCACUGUACCCAUGGCCAUAAUCGUACGGGUUUCAUGAUUAUUCAUUACCUUAUGCGCACACACGUCUCUUGUGUUGCUGAGGCGAUAAAUAUAUUUGCUCAAAGGCGGCCACCUGGCAUAUACAAGAGGGACUAUAUUGAAGCACUGUAUUCAUUUUACCAUGAGGUCCCUGAGAAUAUGAUGCUAGCAUGCCCUCCAACACCAGAAUGGAAGAGACCAGAUGAUCUCGAUUUAAAUGGUGAAGCUAAGCAGGAUGAUGAUGAUGACAAUGGUGAUCCUGAACCACUGCGUAAUGAAUCAGAGGAUAAAAUAAUCACCAACGACGAUGUGUUAGGGGACGAAGUGCCAUAUGACCAGCAAGAAGCUUUGCGUGUCCUAUGUUAUCGGUUGCUUGAAAUGCCCCUUGUAAGGGGGCAUUCACAAUUUCCUGGAUCACAUCCAGUUUCUCUUAACAGUGAAAAUCUACAACUACUUAGGCAGCGAUACUACUUUGCUACAUGGAAAGCUGAUGGAACACGAUAUAUGAUGCUUAUAAUGAGAGAUGGUUGUUUCUUGAUUGAUCGGAAUUUUUGCUUCAGAAGGGUUCAGAUGCGCUUUCCCCAUAAGAGCCUUGAAGGUCUGCAUGAUAUGACCUUGAUUGAUGGAGAGAUGAUUAUAGACACGGUACCAGAUUCAGGCUUGAAGAGAAGGUACUUGGCAUAUGAUCUUAUGGCACUUGGUGCAGUGUCCAAAACUAAGUUGCCAUUUUCUGAAAGGUGGAAAAUGCUGGAAGAUGAAAUAAUACGGCCACGUUAUCAUGAGAAAAAGCAAUUUGAGAGUGGUGCUAAGAGCAAUCCGUUGUACAAAUAUGACAUGGAAUUAUUUUCGGUUAGGAGAAAGGAUUUUUGGCUGCUCUCAACAGUAAAAAAGGUUCUUAAGGAGUUCAUUCCAUCGCUUUGCCAUGAUGCUGAUGGCCUUAUAUUUCAGGGCUGGGAUGAUCCAUAUGUAACUCGUACUCAUGAAGGUCUUCUGAAGUGGAAGUACCCUGAGAUGAAUUCUGUGGACUUCCUUUUUGAGCUUACAAAUGAUAAUCGUCAAUUGGUUUUCCUUUAUGAGAGAGGAAAAAAGAAACUUAUGGAUGGUGCUCGGAUAGCAUUUACUGAUGAUGUAGAUCCAUCCUCUGUCGCUGGGAGGAUUGUUGAGUGCUCCUGGAAUAAGGAAGAACAGUGUUGGGCCUGUAUGCGUAUUAGAUCUGAUAAAUCGACUCCAAAUGACAUCAACACAUACCGGAAGGUGAUGAGGAGUAUUACAGAUAACAUUACCGAGGAAAAGCUUCUCGAAGAGAUUGAUGAGAUAAGGCGCCUCCCAAUGUAUGCCGAUAGGAUGCAUGCUCAUACGAAGAUGGCACAACAGCGGCGAAGAUUGCCACCAUAGUGCUAGUCUCGUUGCUAUAGUGCUGGGGCGCUCUCCUACCGCCUCUAGCCAGCGGCUGGCUUCUGUAGCUGUGUAAUUAGUAGAGGUUUCAGUAGCCCUCCUAUGAUGAUUGCUGGCUGGGUCUGGCCAGCCAACUAAUUCUUUGCACCUCAUUUGUGUCUUCUCCCUGCCCUCCCAACCACCCACCUGUAUAGGCGUCGCCGCAGAGUAGUUUCCCUGUAAAUUGUGUAUUCUAUGUUCUCCCAUAUUCUCCCCUAUGGUUUUAUUUUUCAUGGGUGUAGAAUAGCGUUUAACAAGAGGCUGGUGUUGUAGGUACAUUAGUGUAUUUGUUUACCAUCUCUCGGUGUUGCCUUGUGCUAGAAUAAAUGUAGGGUGCACUGGGUUGCCAUCUGUUGCCGAUGGUCGUGUGGUUCCUCUGGCCAUAUGGCUGCAAAAUAUGGGUUAUUUACAUCUUUUGUUUUGUGCGCA